AUGGGUAGCAUCGCACCGCUCGACAUUGUCAUUGUCGGUGCUGGCAUUGGCGGACUAGGCGCAGCUUGCGCCCUCGCUCUGAAGAACCACAAUGUGAUUGUGCUCGAAGCCAAAGACGGGCUGAACGAGUUCGGUGCUUCGAUCGGCAUACUCGCCAACGGGUCCAAAGUCCUCAAGAGCUAUGGUCUGGCCGACGCGUUCGAGCCAGUGAUUACCCGCGACAAUGGAGUCGAGUUGCGAGACGCACUCACGAACGAAUUGAUAGGCCUGCUGGCGCAGAACAUUGGCAACAACAGCGAAAUCGAAUAUGGCUCAGAAACUUGGGUCAUCAAUCGGGCGGACUACCAGAAGACUUUGGCAGAUGGCGCGGAAGCGAGGGGCGCGAAGAUGGUGUUCAGUGCCGACGUAACGCGAGUCGAUGUUGAUCUCGAACGACCAGUCGUGCACUGCAGAGACGGCAGAACAUUUGAAGCGGAUCUCGUUGUUGGAGCUGAUGGCAUGAAGUCUCCCGUUCGCCACUCAAUACCAAGAUGCGCUGGUAUUGAACCACGUGCGCUGAAGGAGCAGUGCUGGCGUGCAACGGUGCCGAAGGACAGAAUCAGGGGCAAUCCUAAGCUGGAGUGGCUGGUCGACAAUAGUGGCGUUGAGAUGGCAUUCGUGGACCAUGAUCGAUACAUCCUUGGCUGGCGGUUGCCCGACCAUCGGCCCUACGAUCUUGUCCUCUGCAAGGUCCGGGAUAGCGACGUCCCUCCUGGUGUUUGGGGCGUCAAGGAGGACCCUUCUGUGGUUCAGGAGGUGUUCAAAGAUUGUAGUGCUGAGCUUGUUGAGCUGUUAAGCAACAUUGACCAGUGUGUGAAGUGGACACUGGCUGAGCUGCCACCUCUGCCGACCUGCCGCAGCGAUAACGGCCGAGUGGUUCUUGCUGGAGAUGCUUUCCACGCCAUGAUACCACAUUCGGCGUCAGGCGGCAAUUCUGCUAUAGAAGAUGGCGGUGUGCUGGCUGAAUGUAUCGACUGGGCUCACAAGAAUGGUCGACCGAUUAGUGACGCAACUCUGGCUUAUGAGAAGAUGCGUAAGCCUCGCGUGGAGCGUAUGCAGCAAGCAAGUCACGAGGCCUAUGGCUUCCUCAACGCGGGAGGAGAAGAUGCCAAGGCAAGGAACGAAAUGAUCCGCGCAACGACGGCGGCGUUGUACAAGAACUUGGAGCGGCCAGAGGCGGAGCGUCGAAAGGAUCCUAAGCCCAAGGCCGACAUGCAUGCGAGAUUUCCGCUACCUCCAUAUCGACAGUGGCUGAAUGCUUACGAUGCGAUUCCAGAGACGCAAGCAUGGCUUGCUGCAAAUAUGUGA